ACCUCCUCAUGCUCCUCCUCCGACCACGACUCCACUUUGGCCUUCUCCGUCCUCCCUCUCAGGUCCCCAUCUGAACAAGAUUACUGGUCUCUCCUCGCUCUCCAACAACAGCAACAAAAUAGUCAGCAGCAUCAAGGGUUAGGGUUUGGCUUGUUUUCAUCGGGGGUUAAUAUGGACUUUGGCUCUAAUGGCGUUAGCAUUGGCAAUGGGCUUGUUUGGAGCAAUGGGGUGCUUCAACAGCAAGAGCAGGAGCAGAGUAAUAAUAGCAGUGAUCACUGUGGUGUUGCUUCUUCUUCUUCUUCAAUCCCUUAUGCUACUCCUAUUAAUGGGUUUGAGGGGCAGAAUGGUAAUUACGGGUGGGUUGCAGCACCAACUGGUUAUUAUGCUCAGCAAUCUACAAAGCAUAAUGUGGCAUUGUUUCAG